AUUGUCGCGACAAAUUUUAUAGCAAUAAGUGGUAUGAAGUGCUCACUCUAACGCCACCCAUCACGUUGUUUACACCUUUUAAACAAAUUGCCAAUGUGUGUUGUACUUAUACACUAUAGUAUCUAGUAUCUAUCGUCACCAUGAGCGUGUCCGACGCGGGCUUGGCCGACAGAAAGAGCAGAAUGCAGCAAAUAUACGGAUCAAUGGGACAGUUGGAGAAGCUGCUGAAAAUAUUUUCCCUCGACAGCAAAGAACGGAAGAUCACAACCGGCGAGAAGCGCUGGUACAUCUUCAAAUGUAUACUCUCAGUUUCACUCUUUACUGUCUUAGUCAUCGUCACAACUUCAUACAAAAUCCGAAACGUGUAUCCCAGUUUGAACGUCUCCAUAGCUCUUACAGAUUUUGUGCAAAAUAUUUUUGAUAACAUUCAAUAUAUCAUAGACUUGUUCUUCGUAUAUAAGUACGGAAAAGAAAUUAGCAUCGAGUACUAUCGACAAUAUGAGUGCUUUGACGAAAUAAUGAACGUGAACUAUUAUUCUGAGAUCAAAAAAAGGGUGGCUGUUUUGAUAGGAGUAUUUUUCUUCUUCUGGCUUAUUUCUUCAGCAUUCGACAUCGUGGCAUGGUAUUUAGGUUACGACCUUUUAGUACCGCUAGUUUUUGCACCAGCUUAUGUCUUCCUGUUCAUCAAAAUUUUGACGAAUUUGGACAUUAGUGCGCAUGUGAUGAAUAUCGAGUGCAGAUUGCGGAUCAUAGGAGACAUUGUGCAAGAGACGUGUAUAAAAACUGAAGAUCUGCCGAUGAACACGUCUGUAAAGAGCGGUUUCAUAGACGCUGUUUCGAACAAACAUUGGUUUUAUUCUGAGGGCAAUAAUAGAUGUUCUGGCAUGAGGUUGCGGCUCCAGCCGUUGAAGAGUGUCACCAGCAGCCAGGACAUGAAGCUGCUCAGCAGAUGUUACCUGCUACUUAGCGAGCAGUGCAUGUACAUCAACAGCGUCUUCGGAGUCAGGAUUCUACUCAACAGUCUCAGUUUGCUCAUCGACAUGGUGAGGUUUCUGAAUGUCGUCGUCAGGAUUGCAGUUGGCUCGCAGCAAACUGUCUACAACGCGGGCUACUUUCCGGCGGCGUCGACGCUGUGCAGGUUCCUGGUGUGUGUGUGCGUGCUGGCGAGUCUCGUGAGACACUGCGAGCUGGCGUACCGACAGCAGGAGCGGCUCCUCAGCGUCGCGGACCACAUCCUCGUCAACAAGAAGCCUGACGACAGCCUGAGGAGUGGUAUCCAAGAGCUGCGGGCGCUGGUGGUGUCCAGACCUGUCAGAUUCAACAUGGCCUACUUCUUUACGCUCAACUACUCCUUUUUGGUCUCCAUAGCAUCCGUAGUCGUCACCUACACCAUCAUACUGUUGCAGAGCCUGUGAAGAUAUCUAAUUUGCAAGAAGGUUUAUAUUUAUGUCGUUGCCUUAUGGGGAACACCAUGUAAGCACCUUUUUCAAAAAUCACAUUCUAAUUUUAAAUAUUUUAAUGGGAAUAAAAACUCAAAUUUUAAAAUAGAAGCUCAAAUUUUUAUGUAGGUGGCAGCACUGUUGAGUGUUUUUUUUUUUUAAUUUUGACAGUUCUCCGAACUGUCCAGCUAAACUUCGUGGUAAACUGCUAUCAAAUGUGGAGCAACGUGUAGUGUAUCCCAUCUGAAGGUUGAGUUACGAAAAAGAAACGCCAUCAGUUGGAAAAAACCAGUUUUGAUUGAAAAUAAGUUUUCCUAAGUUUUCUUCUUUCCGAUUUUUAGGGAAUAAAUAUAACACUAUGAUUUUACAGUUAAACACUAAUCAAAGGUAAUUAUAGUGUAACAAUAUACUUAACCAAAAUAAUAUGUUUGUUUACUCACUCAACAGUAGCGACACCUGAUGGGAGAAAUGGGCAGUUUUUGUCCUCAUGCGAUAAAAAUUUGGACCACAAUUAAUUAUUAUUAUAAUUCACCAAGGAGUUUCAUUAACAAAUACAUACAUGCGUAAUAUAAAUAUAUUACGUUCGAUAUAUAUUUAGUCUGUUUUUUUUAUUAAAAAAAAUUGUGAUUCUCUGUUGAUAUUUUUC